CCAAACCAGAGAGAGAUUGUAGAAGAGGCGAAAUGGUUCAGUUGUGUUUCGUUCUGGAUCUGCGGAGCUUGGCACCUCCAUUGCUGAGAGACAUAAAGCAGUCGCUGCUUCAACUCGCUAAUUUUUACGCCAUUUCGAGUUCGUCCAAGUCGCACGUGCGUAAAUCGGCCACGCUAGGCGAUAAGAUCGGCUUGUGCUACGUCUUCAAGAAUCGUUUAUCUUCUUCUAAUGAGUUGAUGAUCGCGUACAAUCCCGUAGGAAACUUCAUCCUACGUGAUUUCCACCAUGCUGUUAACAACUUGCCAUACGAUGCUUUUCAGCCUGAUAUUGAUAACAUUUCAGAUUCAAUGAUUUCAAAUGUUUUGAGUGAUCGAGUGUUGUAUUCGUGGCAAGGCAAAGAUAUAGAGAGAAAAGUAAUUGUCAUAACUUCGACCUUGCCUGAAGAUGUGGACUCUGUAGUGCAGAAGAAUCUAAUGGAUGCUGCAGAUAAAUGUGUAUCGGUUGAUUUUGCUGUAUUUCAGCAGAAGUCAAGCCAUCUGACAGAUACACGUGAAAACAUCAAUAAUUUUCGUCGUUGCAUUUCUCAUCUUGAUAAUUGCUCUGUUCAGACCUAUAUCCCAGAUUCAAGAGUAUUCCACGGCCUUGUUAAAAAAUGGCUGCAGAUUUUGAAAGAUGACAUGGAGGAGCCGCUGUUAGCUCGCCUCAUCUUCAAGGACAAUCUUUUUGAAUCUGUGAACCAUAUAUUCUGCAACCUGUUUUCACCAGUAUAUCCGAUAACCAACAACUUCAGACAGUGUCGGACAUGCAGAUGCCACGGUAUUCCUUUAGCGGAUGCUGAAAAAAAUUUCAGCAGACUUUCGUGUUCCGUUACUGGCUGCAAUCUGGAAGCAUUCGAUGUUAUUGAAAAUUCUGUUCAAGUUGGGGAAAAAACUAUUCUGUUUCUUCCUUCAUUCUAUAAUUCCCUGAAGCUCCAGCAAAUCACUUCACCAAUCAACAUUAAUGUAACUGAGAGGAUAAAUUUGGCAUCGGUUGAUGAAGGUCUUAUAAUCGGGGCCUCAUUUGUUGUGGUAUCAUACUCUUAUCAUGUGAUUGAAACCACUUCAGAUGAUACUGAUCAGUCUGAAGUGAAUGUUCAACUUUUUCGAGGCCUUUCCAGCUUUCUACACUCCAUGAACCAAGGUUUGAUAUGCUCUUCAAAUUAUGAUUUGGAAACAAUGGCAGAGGCUCCAUGUCAUUGCUAUUAUAUUCUGCAGCCAUCAGAUUCAGGACCAAUGCUUAUGAGGCGUCUAGCAGGGGCAGAAGAAGUCCUAGGAGUUCCUGACAAUCGAUCUGUUGAUUCAUCAAUCAAUAAGGAAAUUGCGAACUCUGUUCAAGCCUGUCUGCUAAAGAUUGAUCUAACGGACUAUGACCCAUUGCUGCAUGAAAGAGGCUUUCAUCAAAAACUAAAUGUGCUUGUCAAAGAAAGCCUUCAAUUUGGGUCAAUGUUUUCUAAAUUAGAAGGUUCAUUUUCGGAACUAAACUCAAGUCCACAACCUUCGUCUGAGGUGAUCGUUAAAGCAGAACCAGCCACAGGUGUCAUGGUGAAUGAGGAAGCUUUGACAUUGGAUAUAGCGGAUCAAGAAGAGAAGACCAUGGCAUGUAUUACAGAAGAAUGGAAGCAAUUGGUUGUAAGUGAAGACCCCAAGUUGUACUCUCCAUCUUGUAUGUCCAAGGCCAAGUUGGGUCAAUCGAGUGCGUGUGUAUCACCGCGAGAUGGUAAUAAUAGACAGCUGGACAGAGAAACUUCAAGGAUUCUGGAGAGGUUGGAGGUUCCGAGGCCAUUAAAAGCAAAGACCAUCUCACCUGGUUCAAAUGAAAAUUGGACGAAAAAUACCAGUGUGCCCAUAAAGAAGCCUCUUAUACCAUUUCAGCCAACUCAAGGUACAGAACAAGUCUUUGUCGGUAGCCAGCUAAUAAAACCUAAUUUCCAGAGGCUAAAAAGGAAACACAGAUAAAAAGAAGGCAACUACACGUUUCACGUAAACGUAUCUUCAGAAAGUCGAUAAGGUUAGUCUAUUUCUUUCCUCUUUUGAGUUCUGUUGCAGGUGAUUUUUUUUAUGUAACCUGCUUAAGCUAAUCAUGGAACAAGUUUUAAGGGGCAAGAAGUAUGCAAAUGUCUAAAAAUUAAUGCUCAUUUAAGCUUACUGAACAUAUUAACAGACCUUUGAAUCAUUAUGUCUAUCACUAAACAUAUUAAUAAAAUCACGUCUUUAGAGACUGUUACACUUACAACUGUUAAACAUAAGUGUUCAUGAGUUGGUUUCGAAGGUUUCGAGUUGUUCGACUCAUUCAAACUUUUAUUUUGUUUGGAUAGCUAGUCUUAAUUCGAAAACUACAGACUUGAAACACAGUCUGUCAU